AUGAGACUGCUUGCUCUGGUCCUGGCCUCCCUUACCGCUGCUACAGUUCAGGCAGGACACCCAGCACCUGUGGUGGACACUGUGUAUGGCAGAGUCCGGGGAAAGUAUGUCAGCCUGGAGGGGUUUACUCAGCCUGUGGCUGUUUUCUUGGGAAUCCCUUUUGCCAAGCCCCCUCUUGGACCCCUGAGGUUCACUCCACCGCAGCCUGCUGAACCCUGGGACUUCGUGAAGAAUACCACCUCGUACCCUCCUAUGUGCUCUCAAGAUGCAGUGGCUGCACAGGUGUUAUCAGAACUGUUCACCAACAGAAAGGAGAGCAUCCCCCUCAGGUUUGCUGAAGACUGCCUUUACCUAAAUAUCUACACUCCCACUGACUUGACAAAGAAAAGCCGGCUGCCCGUGAUGGUGUGGAUCCAUGGAGGUGGCCUAGUGGUGGGCGGGGCAUCCACCUACGAUGGGCUGGCCCUGUCUGCCCAUGAAGAUGUGGUGGUGGUGACGAUUCAGUACCGCCUGGGGAUCUGGGGAUUCUUCAGCACGGGAGAUGAGCACAGCCGGGGGAACUGGGGUCACCUGGACCAGGUGGCUGCACUACACUGGGUUCAGGAGAACAUUGCCAACUUUGGGGGGAACCCAGGCUUGGUAACCAUCUUUGGAGAGUCUGCAGGAGGUGAAAGUGUCUCUGUUCUUGUUUUAUCUCCUCUGGCCAAGAAUCUCUUCCACCGAGCCAUUUCAGAGAGUGGCGUGGCUCUGACUGCUGUGCUCAUCAAGAAUGAAAGCAGGUCCAUAGCUGAGCAAAUUGCUAUCUUUGCUGGGUGUAAAACCACCACCUCUGCUGUCAUGGUCCACUGCCUACGCCAGAAGACGGAGGAGGAACUCUUGGAGACGUCACUGAAAAUGAAAUUCUUUGCUCUUGAUUUACUUGGCGAUCCCAGAGAGAGCUGUCCCUUCACGCCCACUGUGGUUGAUGGAGUACUGCUGCCAAAGUCACCUGAAGAGAUGUUGGCUGAAAGGAAGUUCAACACCGUCCCCUACAUCGUUGGAAUCAAUAAACAAGAGUUUGGCUGGCUUCUUCCAACAAUGAUGGGCUACCCACUUUCUGAAGGGAAACUGGACCAGAAGACGGCUACUUCACUCUUAUGGAAGUCCUACCCCCUUGUUAAAGUCCCUGAGGAACUGACCCCUGUCCUCACUCAGGAGUACUUAGGUGGGACUGAAGACCCUGUUAAAAAGAAAGACCUGUUCCUGGACAUACUUGCAGAUGGAAUCUUUGGUGUCCCCUCUGUGGCUGUGGCACGUCUUCACAGGGAUGCUGGAGCCCCCACCUACAUGUACGAAUUUCAGCAUCGCCCAAGCUUCUCACCAGAGAUGAGACCCAAGACGGUGAUAGGAGACCACGGAGAUGAACUCUUCUCGGUCUUCGGGGCUCCGUUUUUAAAAGAGGGAGCCCCAGAAGAGGAGGUCAAACUCAGCAAGAUGGUGAUGAAAUUGUGGGCUAAUUUUGCUCGGAAUGGGGACCCCAAUGGAGAGGGGCUGCCCCACUGGCCAGCGUAUGACCAGAAGGAAGGGUACCUACAGAUUGGUGUCACCAGUAAAACAGCCCAGAAGCUGAAAGACAAAGAGGUGGCUCUCUGGACUGAGGUCUUGGCUAAGAAGGCAGCAAAGAUAUCACCAAAGACGGAGCACAUGGAGCUGUGA